UUGCGUAUAUAUCGAUCAGUACGUACGUCUCUCUACCACCUUAAAAUAUAAUGACCCAUCGUAUCACGUCCGACGUCGUACUCCUAUGAUUAAAGCAGCACCCAACGCCCAAUUUCAUUCACGCAAACAAACCUACCUGCUAAUCCAAACUCUCUCUCUCGAUCUCCUCCUUCAGUUCUAACGUUUCAUUUGCUGAGUUGAGUUGCUGUUUCUGGUCGCCAUCCAUCUUCAACUCGUUUGCUUCGAAGGAAGGAUUAAAUGGAGACACCAACCAAAAUGCUGGGCUGUUUAUUUUUUUGUGUUGCCUUGAUUGUUGGCCCAACAAAAGCCGAUAAGAACGUUACCAUUACUGUGAUCAAAAGUGCUGUGGCUGAUGGAGCCGUGUGUUUGGACGGAAGCCCACCCGCUUACCAUUGGGAUGCAGGCAGCGGUUCUGGUGCCCGCAAUUGGCUUGUUCACCUGGGAGGAGGAGGGUGGUGUAUAAACAGCACCAUAUACGAGAAUCACACAGAGGCGUACGCCGGCAGCUGCACUGAUCGCGCCAAAUCGGACGUGGGAUCUUCCUUCUACAUGCGUGAUUUCCUGUUUAAGGGGAUUUUUAGUGAUGAAAAAAACACAACUUACUUCUAUAACUGGAACCGGGUCGUCGUAAGAUAUUGCGACGGCGGGUCAUUCUCCGGCGAUGUCGACCAACCCGAUCCGGAAACUAAGCUCUUCUACCGAGGGGCAAGAAUAUAUAAAGCCGUCAUUAAUGAGUUAAUGGCCACGGGCAUGAAAGAUGCACAAAAUGUGAUCCUUGCUGGAGGUUCCGCAGGGGGAAUAGGUGCAAUGAUUCAUUGCGAUCAUUUUCGAAGCCUAUUCCACCCCACUGUGAACGUCAAGUGCUACGCUGAUAGUUCAUUUUUUCUGAAACUGAGGAAUCCCCUGGAUGCCCAGUUCUUGAAAACUGUUUUUGGCAUAGUUGUUGAAUUACAGCAAAGCGCCAAUGCACUACCGGCCGAGUGCAUAUCCAAAAGAAGUGCAUUAUCGUGCUUCUUUCCAAAACACUUGGUGAAGUACAUAAAAACCCCAAUUUACUUUUUGAAUUCGGCCUUUGAUUCAUAUCAGAUACGGACUGCCUUCUCUGAAAGCUUACACGACCGGAUACUGUAUCAAAAGGAGACUCCAAGUGAUAUGAAAUUGCUAAAAGAUUUCAGGCAACAGCUGAUAAAUGCAUUGCCUACUCCGUCGGCCACUAAUGGGUAUGUGGUAACUUCCCAGUUUGGCCAUUCCUUCGGUCCCAAUCAGAAGGGCUUGAAGGUACCCAUGUUUCCCCAAAACACAAAGUCAAAGACACUAGAGGAGGCGUUGGUUCAGUGGUUCUUUAAUGAAGGAAGGUUUCACAUUGUUGAUCCGAACGAUGAGCCAUUCUGCAGGAAUGCUACAGCUCUUUGAGUGGUUCUUUGUUAUGGUGUUUUUCAAUUGUCAUCUUUAAAUGAAGACUACUUGAAUAUUGAUAUUGCAUUAAUUACCUCUCAGUAGCUAAUUUAAUUAAUUCAGAAAUUUUUGCAUAUUUUUAUUAGAAUUUCCACUCACGAGACACAUGCAAUUCGUAAUUAUAUAUUUCUUGUGAAUGAUCAUGAUUCAUGAAUGAUACCAUAUCAUGACAAUGGGAAAUAA